GGGGGAUCCAAGAUGGCGCCGUGCGGACGUGUCCGGAGCCGCUGCCCGGGCCCCGCGCUCCUCCUGCUGCUGGCGCUGGCGGCGCGGCCGGCGCUCGCCGUGCCUCCCGCCGCCGGCCUGCAGGCCGGACCCGGCUCGAACGCGGCGGGGCAGCCCGCGCAGGGAGCGGCUCCCGGUGCCGCGGGCCCGCGGGGAGCCCGAGGAGGCGGAGGCGGCGGCUCCGGCGGCGGGUGGAAGCUGUCGGAGGAGGCGGUGUGCCGCGAGGACGUGGUGCGGCUGUGCUCCAAGCACAGCUGGGCCAACAACCUGGCCGUGCUCGAGUGCCUGCAGGACGUCCGCGAGCCAGACAACGAAAUCUCUUCAGACUGCAACCACCUCCUGUGGAACUACAAGCUGAACCUGACUACAGAUCCCAAGUUCGAGUCCGUGGCCAGAGAAGUUUGCAAGUCCACCAUUGCAGAGAUCAAGGAGUGUGCAGAUGAACCAGUUGGCAAAGGCUUCUUGGUGUCGUGUUUGGUGGAUCACAGAGGCAACAUCACGGAGUACCAGUGCCAUCAGUACAUCACAAAGAUGACAGCCAUUAUCUUCAGUGAUUACCGGCUGAUCUGUGGCUUCAUGGACGACUGCAAGGCUGACAUCAACCUUCUGAAAUGUGGCAGCAUUCGGCCCGGGGAAAAGGACGCUCACUCCCAAGGGGAGGUGGUGGCAUGUCUGGAAAAAGGCCUGGUUAAAGAGGCAGAGGAGAACGAUCCUCGUGUCCAGGUUUCUGAUCAGUGUAAGAAGGCCAUCCUUCGCGUAGCGGAGCUCUCUUCGGAUGAUUUCCACUUGGACCGCCAUCUCUACUUUGCUUGCCGGGACGACAGGGAGCGAUUUUGUGAGAACACUCAGGCUGGGGAAGGCCGAGUUUACAAGUGCCUCUUUAAUCACAAGUUUGAAGAAUCAAUGAGUGAGAAGUGCCGUGACGCUCUGACAACGCGCCAGAAGCUGAUUGCCCAGGACUACAAAGUCAGCUACUCGCUGGCCAAGUCCUGUAAGAGCGACCUGAAGAAAUACCGCUGCAACGUGGAGAACCUGCCCCGCUCCCGGGAAGCCAGGCUCUCCUACCUGCUGAUGUGCCUGGAAUCUGCUGUGCACAGAGGUCGGCAGGUGAGCAGCGAGUGCCAGGGAGAGAUGCUGGACUACCGACGUAUGCUCAUGGAAGACUUCUCCCUGAGCCCAGAAAUCAUCCUGAGCUGCCGUGGGGAGAUUGAGCACCACUGCUCCGGGCUGCACCGCAAGGGCCGCACGCUGCACUGCCUGAUGAAAGUCGUGCGUGGGGAGAAGGGCAACGUGGGGCUGAACUGCCAGCAGGCGCUCCAAACACUGAUCCAAGAAACGGACCCUGGUGCUGAUUAUCGCAUUGACAGAGCCUUGAAUGAGGCCUGUGAAUCCGUCAUACAGACCGCCUGCAAGCACAUACGGUCUGGGGAUCCCAUGAUUCUGUCCUGCCUGAUGGAGCACCUGUACACGGAAAAGAUGGUGGAGGACUGUGAGCAUCGGCUCCUGGAGCUCCAGUAUUUCAUCUCUCGUGACUGGAAGUUGGAUGUGGUCCUUUACCGAAAGUGCCAGGGCGAUGCCUCCCGCCUCUGCCAUACCCAUGGCUGGAAUGAGACCAGUGAGCUGAUGCCCCCUGGGGCUGUGUUCUCCUGUUUGUACAGGCAUGCCUACCGCACAGAGGAGCAGGGACGGAGGCUAUCACGGGAGUGCAGAGCGGAGGUGCAGCGGAUCCUCCACCAGCGUGCCAUGGAUGUGAAGCUGGACCCAGCCCUGCAGGACAAGUGCAUGAUCGACCUGGGGAAGUGGUGCAGUGAGAAAACUGAGACGGGGCAGGAAUUGGAAUGUCUCCAGGACCAUCUUGAUGACUUGGUGUCUGAUUGCAGAGACAUAGUGGGAAACCUGACUGAGCUGGAGUCUGAGGACAUUCAAAUCGAAGCCUUGCUGAUGAGAGCAUGCGAGCCCAUUAUCCAGACCUUCUGUCACGAGGUUGCAGAUAACCAGAUUGAUUCCGGGGACCUGAUGGAGUGUUUAAUACAGAACAAACACCAGAAGGAAAUGAACGAAAAAUGUGCAAUCGGAGUUACUCAUUUCCAGCUGGUUCAAAUGAAAGACUUCAGGUUCUCCUACAAGUUCAAAAUGGCUUGCAAGGAAGAUGUGCUGAAACUUUGCCCCAACAUCAAAAAAAAGGUGGAUGUAGUGAUCUGUCUGAGCACAACGGUGCGCAAUGACACUCUGCAGGACGCCAAGGAGCACAGGGUAUCUCUGAAGUGCCGCAAGCAGCUGCGUGUGGAGGAGCUGGAAAUGACGGAAGACAUCAGACUUGAACCAGAGCUCUAUGAGGCUUGUAAAAGUGACAUCAAGAAUUACUGCCAAAAUGUUCCCUAUGGCAAUGCCCAGAUCAUAGAAUGCCUGAAAGAAAUCAAGAAGCAGUUGAGUACCCGGUGCCACCAGAAGGUGUUCAAGCUGCAGGAGACAGAGAUGAUGGAUCCAGAGCUGGACUACACACUGAUGAGAGUCUGCAAGCAGAUGAUCAAGCGUUUUUGUCCAGAAGCAGACUCAAAAAACAUGUUGCAGUGUUUGAAACAAAACAAGAACAGUGAAGUGAUGGAUCCGAAGUGCAAGCAAAUGAUAACCAAGCGCCAGAUCACGCAGAACACAGAUUAUCGCCUAAAUCCCGUGCUGAGGAAAGCCUGCAAAGCAGACAUACCGAAAUUCUGCCAGAAUAUCCUGAAUAGAGCCAAGGAUGAUACAGAGUUAGAGGGGCAAGUCAUCUCCUGCCUGAAGCUGAAGUACGCAGACCAGCGUCUCUCUCCAGACUGCGAGGACCAAAUUCGAGUGAUAAUCCAGGAAUCAGCUCUUGAUUAUCGACUGGACCCCCAGCUUCAGAUGCACUGCUCUGAAGAGAUUUCCAGCUUGUGUGCUGAAGAAGCAGCAGCUCAGGAGCAGACUGGGCAGGUGGAAGAAUGCCUGAAAGUGAACCUGCUGAAAAUAAAAACCGAAAUGUGCAAGAAGGAAGUGCUCAACAUGCUGAAAGAGAGCAAAGCAGAUAUCUUUGUGGACCCAGUGCUGCACACAGCCUGUGCCCUAGACAUUAAACACCACUGUGCUGCUAUUCCUCCAGGGAGAGGACGCCAAAUGUCAUGCUUAAUGGAAGCUCUUGAGGACAAGCGUGUGAGGCUGCAGCCUGAAUGCAAGAAACGCCUUAAUGAUCGUAUUGAAAUGUGGAGCUAUGCUGCAAAGGUUGCCCCAGCGGAAGGCUUCUCUGACCUUGCCAUGCAAGUUAUGACCUCUCCGUCCAAGAAUUACAUAUUGUCUGUGAUCACAGUUGGCAUCUGUGUACUCUUCCUGAUCGGCCUGAUGUGUGGACGCAUCACCAAGCGGGUGACAAGAGAGCUCAAGGACAGGUAGAGCCUGGAUUGCCUGCUGGAGAAAUGCCUGCCCAGUGCCCAGUUUUGUACAGCCCUCCUCUGUAUAGUCUACCCACCCCCUCUUGUGAGAGAGGAGAAUAAAAAGAAAAAAAAAAAA